GAAGUGAGAACUUUUAACGUGAGAACGGAUAAACGUGACUUCCGCAUCCGCUACAGUUUAGAUUCCGCGCGUCUGCACGAAAAAGUUCGUUGUUUUAAUGGGAAGCCGUCAACCAACGAGACAUUCCAUACCUUUGCGAUAAAUUGGUAGUUUCAGUAAAUGUUUGCAAACGUUUAAUGCAGAGUUUUAAACCAACAGUUAAACAGUUGUUCGUGGUUUCUUGCGUGCACGAGCAUGUCACUGCUGUCCCUGGUUGAGCAAGCGAUCAAGUCUUGCAAAGCUGAACAAGCCAAGAUUAACGACAGCAUUCUACUCUACAGAGAACUAUUACAGACCCGAACGCCACAACCACAGGCGGGCUCUGAUGAGAACCAGUGUGCAAAUGAAGCUGCUACAGAUACAGAUAGCUCACCAGGGGAAAAAGAAGAUAUGGAAAUGCUUGAGCGAGCCCUGGAGAAAGCCCUUCGAGUCCGCACUGGCACAGGAUGUUCUAAAAAAACCUUGAGCAAACAAUACAGCACUACAGCUGUCGCAUGCAAAGAGGGAACGCAGGCUUCUGCUUCUAAAGGAAAUCAGUCCACGUCCAGAUCGGCCUCUAAAUCUGCCGCUUCAAAAGAGCACAAAAAGCCCGCUGGGGUCGUGGAUCACCAGGCGGCAAGGAAACCACAGCAGGCUGUCUCCACUCCUUCUAAUAACACAGUGCGAGUUUCACAAACAGAGGAGCCUGGAGCUCACGGUUCACUUCUGCUGAAUGGGAAGGUUUCUAAACAAACAGUGAAAUGGAGAUCUCUAAAGAGCAAGCAAAACAGGCUAUGGGACAAAGUUGUUUCCGUACAAAGGAAACCUGAGCCUGGGCGGAGUCACUUCGUGGACAGAAUGAGAGCUACGUUCCCCAGGGAUUGGCCUCGUGGUUCCCCAGAUCAGACCAGGUUUCUGGUCGACAGGCUGACUCACCAAGGGCACGGCCUCACCCAGCACCUCCAGACAACGGAGCUUUUGGCCAAACAGACGCGGGAAUCAACCACGGAGCUGGAAAACAGGAGUAAAACAGGUGGUAAGGCAAACAGCUACGAUUCCUGUCUGAGGUGUCCGAUGACUGCAGCACAACUCCAGAACUUUGCAAACCAAGCGAAACGAGAGUGGGAAGCAUGGGAUCGAUGGAGGCCAGAGGGAGGUUGUCUUUGCCCCACCGGGGCAAAUGGCGUGUGGGGAAACGGGAUGAUCGCAGCCCUGCCGCCGACUAUAACCUACACGACAGAGGCCGAACUCCGAGAGCUGGAGACGCUGAGGAUGAGGGUGUCGCUGCUGCAACAGGAGAUUUACCUAGAGCAGGCUAUAUUGGACACCCUGUCCCCUCAGCUUUCCUCUAUAGUACCUGGGCCUGGAUGUCCCAGCCUCAGUGUGCUGAGACACAUGUACUCCCUGCUGGGUGAAGGAGGGGAGCGGUUCCCUGCCAUUGUCCUGGACUGUGAGCCUGACUGACUACGGAGCAUAUUACACAUGUUACACACAUAAGAUAAAUAACAUAGUACCUCUCAGUAUAAUGCAAUCCAGUGUACCACCAGUUGAAUCAUUCCCUUCUGACACUGUCAAUAAACUUGGAUUCACAUUGUUUUGAUUUAUAUUUUUUGAC